AUGAAGUACUUAUCAUGUUGCAGCCCAGACUUCUUCUUUCAUGUAGCAGUCAUCUCCAUGAUCGUCUUGUUUGCAGGCAUGAUGUCUGGACUCACACUUGGACUCAUGUCAAUGAGCCUCGUUGACCUUGAAGUUCUUGCAAAAUCAGGAAAACCCAUGGAUCGUGUUCGUGCAUCAAAGAUUUUGUCGGUUGUGAAAAGGCAUCAUUUAGUUCUUUGCACACUCUUAAUUAGCAAUGCCACGGCCAUGGAGGCACUUCCUAUAUUCUUGAACAAUUUGGUCCCAGAAUCGGGUGCUAUUAUUAUUUCCGUGACGUUGAUUCUUCUGUUUGGUGAGAUAAUACCACAGUCUAUUUGCACGCGUUAUGGCCUAGCGAUCGGUGCAGCCGUGACUCCACUAGUUCGUGUUCUAGUUUGGAUUUGGUUUCCAGUUGCAUAUCCGAUAAGCAAGGUGCUAGAUUGCAUAUUGGGGAAGGGACACGUGAGUCUUUUUCGUCGAGCUGAGUUAAAGACGUUAGUUGAUUUUCAUGGUAAUAAGGCGGGGAAAGGUGGAAGUUUGUCACUUCAUGAGACAACAAUCAUUGGAGGAGCACUUGAACUUACCGCAAAAACAGCACGUGAUGCAAUGACUCCUUUAUCUCAAAAUUUUUCGGUUGAUAUCAAUGCCAAACUUGAUAGGAAUUUGAUGAAUAAGAUAAUCGAGAAGGGGUAUAGCAGAGUGCCAGUAUAUUAUGAUCAACCGGGAAACAUAAUCGGAGCCCUUUUGGUGAAGAAUCUAAUGACUAUAAAUCCAGCCGAUUGUGUACCAAUAAAAAAUAUCACUCUUCGCCUGAUUCCAAGAGUUUCAGACACAAUGCCAUUAUAUGACAUUUUAAACGAGUUCCAAAAGGGGCUUAGUCAUAUAGCUGUAGUCAUAAAACUGCCAAGUGGAAGAAUCGAGCAACUAACCAACAAGGGCCCGAGUGAAGUGAGAGUAGAUAUUUUGAACGAAAGGUGUCAAAGCUAUGGAGGUUCAAGAAGCAGGAGAGCAUUUAACAAAUUUAAGACGAUUUCUGGUAGUGGUAAUGUGUCAAGGGCAGAAUCGUCAAAGAGCAGAAGGUGGUCUGAUAAGUUCCUUCCUGAAGUACUUAAUAUAAUGGAAAAACCAUUUUCUUCUUUUAGACAAGAAGGGGAAGUCGUAGGCAUCAUUACAAUGGAAGAUGUUAUGGAGGAGCUUCUAAAUGAUGAGAUAUUCGAUGAAACAGAUCAUCAUAAGGAGUAA